AUGGCGGCGGCGGCAGAGGAGGAGGAGGAGGAGGAGGAGGAGGAAGGGUGGCCCCUGGGGCAGAGGGGGCAGGGGCCGGCCGCGAGGGAGGAAAGGCAAGGAGAAGAAGGCAAGGAGAAGAAGGCAAGGAGAAGAAGGCAAGGAGAAGAAGGCAAGGAGAAGAAGGCAAGGAGAAGAAGGCAAGGAGAAGAAGGCAAGGAGAAGAAGGCAAGGAGAAGAAGGCAAGGAGAAGAAGGCAAGGAGAAGAAGGCAAGGAGAAGAAGGCAAGGAGAAGAAGGCAAGGAGAAGAAGGCAAGGAGAAGAAGGCAAGGAGAAGAAGGCAAGGAGAAGAAGGCAAGGAGAAGAAGGCAAGGAGAAGAAGGCAAGGAGAAGAAGGCAAGGAGAAGAAGGCAAGGAGAAGAAGGCAAGGAGAAGAAGGCAAGGAGAAGAAGGCAAGGAGAAGAAGGCAAGGAGAAGAAGGCAAGGAGAAGAAGGCAAGGAGAAGAAGGCAAGGAGAAGAAGGCAAGGAGAAGAAGGCAAGGAGAAGAAGGCAAGGAGAAGAAGGCAAGGAGAAGAAGGCAAGGAGAAGAAGGCAAGGAGAAGAAGGCAAGGAGAAGAAGGCAAGGAGAAGAAGGCAAGGAGAAGAAGGCAAGGAGAAGAAGGCAAGGAGAAGAAGGCAAGGAGAAGAAGGCAAGGAGAAGAAGGCAAGGAGAAGAAGGCAAGGAGAAGAAGGCAAGGAGAAGAAGGCAAGGAGAAGAAGGCAAGGAGAAGAAGGCAAGGAGAAGAAGGCAAGGAGAAGAAGGCAAGGAGAAGAAGGCAAGGAGAAGAAGGCAAGGAGAAGAAGGCAAGGAGAAGAAGGCAAGGAGAAGAAGGCAAGGAGAAGAAGGCAAGGAGAAGAAGGCAAGGAGAAGAAGGCAAGGAGAAGAAGGCAAGGAGAAGAAGGCAAGGAGAAGAAGGCAAGGAGAAGAAGGCAAGGAGAAGAAGGCAAGGAGAAGAAGGCAAGGAGAAGAAGGCAAGGAGAAGAAGGCAAGGAGAAGAAGGCAAGGAGAAGAAGGCAAGGAGAAGAAGGCAAGGAGAAGAAGGCAAGGAGAAGAAGGCAAGGAGAAGAAGGCAAGGAGAAGAAGGCAAGGAGAAGAAGGCAAGGAGAAGAAGGCAAGGAGAAGAAGGCAAGGAGAAGAAGGCAAGGAGAAGAGUAAGUAA